AGGUUCCGCCACCAUCGCGCUGCUGUGUUUGGGUUUCGAUGAUCGAUAUUCAAUUUCGAAAAAUUCUACGCUCCUUUUCUUUUUUCAUUCGGAUUAAAGCAUUCGUACCUUUAAUCCUGCGCAUAUUUUAACUUAAAAAUCGCCAUAAAUCGAUAAAAAACCAAAAUCAUAAGCGCAGUGUCUGUCUUUUAGACCAAGCUGCAAGCACCAAGGGCAAGGUUAACCUUGAUUGACAGGGGGACGAGGCGGCGCCAGCGGCGCAGCGUCAACGUUGUCAUCGACCAUGCGGCAGUCGCGUAUAUCUUUUCUUUUCGCCCUUCUUCAGCGGUUCAGCCCGAAUCUGGCGUUUUCGGCGCAGGGCAUGUUUCCUUGAGGGAACCUUCGGAUAAGGGGUGGGCCCCAGCCGUGGCAAUACUCGUUCCCCCCAAGCUGUGCCUUCUUGCCUUGAUGCUGCUUACGGCUUGGCAGGAUGCCUGGGAAAGUGCGGGUCAAGCUCCUGGCCGCCAGAAACCUGCCGGUCAUGGACAGGGCGAGCGAGGCUUGCGACGCCUUUGGCGAGGUUAAACUGGGCAAUACGUGCUUCAAGACCGAGAUAUGCAAGAAAUCGCUGAAUCCGCAGUGGAACUCGGACUGGUUCCGUUUCGAGGUGGAUGACGAAGAACUGCAGGAUGAGCCUCUGCAAAUAAGGAUCAUGGACUACGACACGUACAGUGCCAACGAUGCCAUCGGGAAGGUGUACAUCGACCUGAACCCCUUGCUGGUCAAGGAGGUGGGCUCGACCCUGUCCGGCUGGCUGCCCAUCUACGACACCAUGCACGGCAUCCGGGGAGAGGUGAACCUCGUGGUGCGGAUCGACCUCUUCAGCGACUCCAACCGUUACCGGGAAUCUUCGUGCGGCGUGCGCUUCUUUUACAGCAGUGGUGUCCCCCUGGGCCACUAUGCCCAGGCCAUCCUGGGCUUUGUGGAGGAGCUGGUGGUGAACGACGACCCGGAGUACAAGUGGAUCGACAAGAUACGCACCCCCAGGGCCUCCAACGAGGCGCGCCAGACGCUCUUUUCCAAGCUCUCAGGAGAAGUCCAGAGACGUAUUGGACACAAGGCCCUGGAGCUGGGAGGCAAUGCCGUGGUCGGGUACCAGCAGUGCUUCGACCUGGAGGGAGAGUCCGGGGUGGUGGUGCGAGGCAUUGGCACGGCGGUGACCCUGGUGCCGACGGGACGCCCUCCCAGCCUGUCCCCCCUCAGGGAGGCCCUCCGAGAGUCCCCCUCCGAGGAGUCGCCCCCCCCGCACCGCCCCGCGCAGGGGGUGGUCGCCGACCCGCCCCUCGUCCCCGGGGUCCUCCGGGCGGCGGUCCUUCCGGCGCUGCCGGGCACGAUUGCGGCGGUGCCCCUCCUGCAGCGGGCCUCGGAUCCGGAUCUCCACGCCGGACUGGCAGCCGCCACCGGCACAAGCUCGGGCAGCAGCAGCGGUGGAGCUGCCCGGCAGUUCAUCCUCCGGCCGGCGCUGGCCAGGGAGAGCCUCGAGAUGCUGGAGUACCCCUUCAUCACCAUGAAGCAGUUCCCGCACGGAUUUAUACGGAGCAUUGGUGGCGUCGUUUCUGCAAGGUCUGUCAAGUUGCUCGACCAGAUCAACAACCCAGAUGAACCGGAAACGAGGGAUGCCUGGUGGACGGAACUGAGGAAGGAGAUCCGUUCCCACACCCGUUCCCUCAGCUGCAACGUGGUGCUGGGAUACAUUGAAACAACCAACAUCUGCGACGAGGUGGCGAUCCUGUCUGCGAGCGGCACGGCGGUGCUCCUGAACCCUGUGGCAGACCGGGAGCUGUCGUCCGGGGCGAGGCACGCGGACAAGAGGGCCCCCGACCCGGGCUCCGGCAAGGUGUCCGCAGACAGUGUGGAUGAGCCUUUGAGCAAGCAAGACUGCAAGCUGUGUCACAUCCCCUACAGCGAAGUGAGCGUUCCGUUCCAGGCUCAGCUCAUCAAGUGUGCGAUGUGCAGACGUUCCAAAGUUCCAGACAUACUCUUCAUGACGAUAGAGCCACCCCCUGGGAUGCCGGUGACGGGAAAGAGCUGUCUGAUCCAGGCACGUGUGUGUAGAAACAAGAAGGACCUCAAGGGUGAACAAAAUGCCAGGGAAAUUAGCGAUAGUCUUCCAUUUCUGGAGUUUGAACUUCACCGGCAGAUUCUUAGCAAACUCAAGCUGAAAAACAUGAACGUCAUUUUUGGCCUCAAGGUGCAAGUGUCUGUCGGAGAGCGAGUCAUUGCCGGAAUUGCCACCGGUACUGGUGCCUGCCUCACAGCCCUACCACUGCCUUCCUCCCCGCUGCCAAAGCUGAUCUCGGGCCGCAAGGACCAGUUUGUUUCGGAGCACAACGGGAAGGACUCUGACACCAGCGAGGACGAACGGGACGGCGGGGACGGGGGCCUUCCUGCCAAGCGGGGCGCCUGCAUUGUCCAGCUGGACGACGCGGAGGAUGCCGUGAGCCUUCUGCGGGAGCCUCACAUGCCGGAGGGCUUUGCCAUGUGCAACACGGAGCUCAUGCCGGGCCUCGACGGCUUCUCCUGCAACCUGCAGUUGUUUAUGCAAACUUACCGGGCCAAGCUCUUCCCUGGCAUACAUCCUAGUCGGAUUCUUUCCCAGCACUUCGACCACAUCAUUCAAAGUUUGUUUGUCAAGCUCCGCAAGCUUGUCCCCUGCUGCCUGGCAAGCCUGAGCUUCCACAUUGAACUGCCGGACCAGGACGAGCUCCAGGUGGCGGUGCUGGGCACGGCCGUGGGCCUGGAGGACGGCGUCGUGGACGUGCGGGCAGCCACUAGGACGGCCUCUGCUGCGGACGCAGAUGCAGAGCUGAUCUUCCCGAUGGACGAGGAGAAGGUUGCGGACCACGCCAACGCCCAGACUCAGAAACGGCACCGGAUGCACAGGCUGUCGAAUCUCAGGUAUCAGGAACUGUGUCGGGAGAGGCACGGGGUGGACCUGACGUCCCUGGACCACGUGCCGGGGGGCAAGACAGAGAAGUACCUGGGCAACCUCGACUUCUUCUUCAUCCGGGAGAGCACCGGCAUACGGGAGGAGGGCGGCCUGAACGGCUUCGUCCAGGGAUUCAUGACGGAGAUCCUGGCCAUCGUGCGGGCCCACGUCUCCUCCCUGGGGGGCAAUGCCGUGGUGGCCUUUCGCAUGACCCAGUGCGUCCUGCUGCACAACCCACACAAGAACCAGGGCCAGUGUCUCAUCAAUGUAGCUGGGGAUGCUGUUCUGAUCCACUACCAGUCGCAGCCACCAGACUCUGAACAACUGGAGACUUCAUCAUCAUCAUGUUAAAUAAACCACUUAAAUUCUGUU